GUGGAACUUCCAGUGUGUGUCCAACAUCUGUAGAGGCCAGACGUACGUUCUAGCGACUCCCAGACACACGGUAGCCUCCUGCCGCAGGUGUGACAAUGCAGUACCACGUGAUCCUUCUGACUGUGAUGGUCUUCCUGGCUCCCACUGCCCGGGCCACCGACGUCCCUAAGGAGAACACAUUUGUAAGUGUUCUCCCAGUUGUGCUGAUCACCAAAGUGAACACUCGCUACCAGCUGGACUGUCCUGGAAGUGGUGACAUGGCCUACUUCCUGCUGCACGGAGUCAAAGACGCCUUCCCUGUCGACUACACUGACGAGGAACUCACCGUUUUCGCCAACGGCAGCGUUAUAUUCAAGUCUAUCAAGAUCCACCACGACGGGACCCACCUGUGCAUGAGACGACAAGGCGUCAACAGCAUGUUUGGUCACCCUGUCUCCGUGCGCGUCCGCCCCUUGCCUCCCGACAACCUCUGGAGCCAAAUCUAUCGCACACAAUUCAUAACAGGACUGAUAGCCGCUCUCGUCAUCUUCGCACUGUUCGCUGCCGGCUGCUUCGUCUAUAAGAAUCAAUGGAGGCCCAAACCCCAAGAUAAUGCGGAUGAGCCAAUAAUAAGGAGUGACGGAUACGACAACCCGGCCAUGAACACUGUAGAGGAUAUAGAGGCCUCUAACACCAAGAUGUAAACCAUUUACAAAGAGUCACCUGUGAGGCCUCUAAGAUGUAAACUAUUUUUCUAAAGAGGUCUUGAAAAGCCUCGAAAAAGUAUACCAUUUACACACAUGACCCCUUGAUGCCACCUGGAUGUAAAAAUUUAACUAAGAUGCUGAAUGUUUCCACUAAAUUAUGUAAACUGACGCCAUAACUUUGCACAUUUGUAUUCAAAUAAAAAUGUUGACAUUUAAGCCGAAAAGUAUACAUUUAAUAGAAUGUGAGUCAAGAAACCAGAUUAACUUUUUGAAUCGAGAAAAUACAAAAAGAGACCAAGGAAUGUUCUUUAUGUGUAUACACACCUCUUAUCUAUUAAACUGACUUAUGUUGAUAACAUCAAUCAUAUAUUUCCUCAUUUUAUAACUAAAAACCGUUCACAACCCUUUCCCUUCCUUUUACUGUACACAGAGUUAAUAUCUUAUGGUUUUAUUUAAUAAGUAUAUUUAGCAAUGUUAAUCUUUCAGUAAUUAAAUAUUUAUUGUGGAUUGGAAUAUAGGAAUCACCGAUUCACAGAAUAUAUAUAUAUAUAGUUUACUACUUGGGAAGCUGCCUUCCUGUUGGAAUACUUCGCACUUCUGUAUGUGUGCUUUUAAGUGUUUUGAGCAUGUUGUGUAAAGUUUAGUUUACUUGUGUGAAUGCUAUAUUUUGUGAGUCUACACUCUCCUUGAUUACUCAUCACUACACCACAACCGCCGCCCUAUAUAGUUCAAUGUAUAACAUCACCUAUACAGUUAUAUUCAAAUACACUCAAAUAUAACAUUAGCCCCUCACUGUUAUAACGUUCUAAAUAUUUAGUCAGGUUCAGUUUUAAGCUUAUCUUUGGAUCACCUUUGGGUGGACGUCAGGCGAUAUUAUGAGGUUUCCUAAACUGUUUUUUUCUCGGCAGUACUGCCACAAAAGCAUAGUGGCAUGAUGAGUUACACAAACUCCAAUAUAAUUGAAAAACCAGUCAAAAUUAUGUAUUUAUUUACGUAUUAGCGAUUUGGCAGAUAUAAGUGUGGGCAUUUCGCUGCUAAAAUAUUUAUGUAAUAUACUCUGAUACAGACCAAUGUAACGUUUAAUACAAACAAGAAUAAUGUGUUUUUGUAGAUGGAUCUCGUAACAUUAAGUUAAUACAAAUUGACUGAAACUCAAAUUUAGUCAAUUUGAAACACAAUUCAGUCAACAAACUCAAAACUUGACCUGACCUGCUAUUGAUGCGGCUUUUAAUAACCAUAAUAUAUCACCUCUGACACUGGUCAAAGCCACCCUGCCUUAUAUAUCAUUAUAGUUUCAUCUGGAGAAAUUAUUGCUGUAAUAGAAUCUCAAAAUGUGUAAAUAAAAUAUGUGAUAUCG